AAGGAAAAUUGAAAAUGAAAGCAAAGCUUUCAAGUAACAACGUUUGAUUGAUUUUCAUGCACACAAAAACAUCUUUUGCUUUGCUUUUUCUUCCUUUAGAAACCAUAUUCGGGCAUCUAUCCCUCUCUCUCCUCCAACUCCAAACCUUUCCCUCUUUUCUUUCCUCUUUCUACUUCUUCUGCAUAAAGUUUCAGAAUUAAAAUUCAGAAACCAAAAAGAAAAAUCAUAAGCCCAAAGUACCAGUACUUGUUGCACUACCAUUUCUGUUUUAUGGGCAUAGAUGCCUUUUUUUUCCUUCUUGAAGAAAAUUAACAAGAGAGAAUUCAGUUAGUCUGACACUUUCAGAUCACCCCUUCUUUUUUCACUGUCACAAAUUCCUCACAAACAUUCCCAGAACACUGCCACUGUUUUUAACCUGAAACUCAAGUGUAAGGACUUAUGCUGCUCAGAAACAGAUCAAGAGCUGUCACAAAACCAAGUUUGAUGGGUGAUCACAGCUCCCAGCCAAGUCCAAACCAGAGUUACAAAAGAACCAUUCCUUCUUUGUUUUCACCCAAAUUCCGUGACUUCUCAUUCAAGUGUCUCUCAGGAGCUGAGGCUCUGAGAAGCCCCACGUCCAUUCUUGACACCAGAGCCUUAACCCCAUUUGGGAAUCCUUUGUCACAUGAGAAAAAGAUCGAGACUUUUGCCUCCUCAAGAGUACCCUCAGAAAACAGAAGUUCAUGGGACUCAAAAGGCAUUGGUCUUGCUCUUGUUGGUGCACUUAAAGAUGAACCUGUUCUUCAGAGCACAGCUAAACCAUGUAGUGGAAGUGUUCUCUUUGGAACUAAGCAUAGGGUGAAAAUCCCUCCACUACCACCACCACCUUCAACUUCUGAAUCAACCAAAACAUGUGACGUUGCUGGUUUUGCUGCGAAAACCAAGGAUUCUCCAUUAUCGGUUGCAACAGGUGUUAUGAGUUUGAGUGAGAUGGAACUUUUUGAGGAGUACACGUGUGUGAUAUCUCAUGGUCCUAAUCCUAGAACAACACAUAUAUUCGACAAUUGUAUCGUGGAAAGUUACUGUUCCCUCCCCAAUAACACUCUCUCACCUUCACUCAAUUUUCUUAGCUUUUGUCACACUUGCAAGAAGCAUCUUCGGCAGACAAAUGACAUUUUUAUUUACAGAGGAGAGAAAGCUUUCUGCAGCAAAGAAUGUCGUCAGCAAGAGAUGGUGCUAGAUGGAGCAGAAAUUUCAGAAUUUGACGAAUACUAAUGGUCAUUUUUUGAGUUGCAUAGCACAGCCUGAAAGUGAUAGAUUAUGAUGGGAUAAACAUCUAGUCACAAAUUUCUAUUCUUGGUUAGAAUUUCUAGAUAGCAUAUUAUAUUUAGCCUUUUGAAGUGUUUUGGUUUUGUUAUUUUGGCUUCUCCGUGCAAAUAGAGAUAAGGGAGGAUGAGGAUGUAGAGUUUAUUUCAAGAAAUGAGUAGUUUUAGAUUGCUUACGGUUUUCUGCCUUUGUUUUUGGCUGAAGAUGGUGACGAUGAUGAUGAAAUAUGACUGAAAAUGUUGCCUCUUUAUUGUUAUUUUCUUCUUAUCUGAGUAGAUGAUGAUGCCUAUUAUUGUAAA